CUUCACACAAGGUUCCCUCGCACGACACCUUUCCCUCCCUCCCGUAGCCUUCGUUCUACCCAUCGCAUCAGAAUGAAGACUGGUCUGGCUUUUAUUGCGAUGGCGGUAGCCGCGGAGGCCUUCGUGACUCCGUCCGGCUUUGCUGGAAGUGCGUUGUCCCGCGUGUCGUCAUCGUCGUCGUCGUCGUCUACCAUCCGAAUGGCGGAAAGCAACGCGGCCUUGGAAGCCUUCGACGAGUUGGAGCAGUCGGUCGCGCCGGCACCCCCGGGCGGAGGGUUCUGGUUCGGUUCGUCAGGGUUCUGGGGAGAGGAGGACUACCGCGGGUUUGUGGACGGCUACAAGGCGGACAACCUUAUCAACGGCGUGUACCCGAUCAUCGACCGCGUUCGCGCCACCAAGAUCCUCACCACCACCUCAGAGUCGGGACUCCUCUCCGAGCUUGAGGACGCCGGGCUCACCCUCAGCGAGGCAGAGAAGCUGCUCCCUCAAUUGGAGGAGGCCGGACUCCUCUCCUUCGCCGCGGACAACUUGGAUGUGCUCAUCAACCUCUUCGGGUUCAUCGCUAUCGAGCCAGCGAAGCUCGCCAUCCCAGCCGUCGUGAGCGUGGUGAAGGCGCUGAAGGGUGCGGGUCUGCUCAAGCUGGGCGGAGGCGACGCCGCCCCGGUCGCUGCCUCUCCCGUCAAGGCCACCAAGGCACCCAAGGCGAUGAAGGCGGCUCCCAAGGCGAUGAAGGCUGCUCCUAAGCCGAAGGCUGCUCCUAAGCCGAAGGCUGCUCCUAAGGCGAAGGCCGCUCCUAAGGCGAAGGCCGCUCCUAAGGCGAAGGCCGCUCCUAAGGUCAAGGCUGCCCCUCAGGUCAAGGCUGCGCCUAAGGUCAAGGCGGCUCCCAAGGCGAAGGCUGCCCCCAAGCCCGCACCCAAGAAGGCAGCUCCCGUCAAGAGGGCAGCACCGAGUCCACAGGGAAACAUCGCAAACCUCCCCAAGGCCCUCUAAUUGGGCCGCACGUUGAUUCUGCCGCAUUUUUCGAUUGUCCCGCCCAUCGGUUGCACCGCACGUCCAGCGUUGAAGAUUUUCUAGCCGGUGCCGUAUGUUUUCUGUCCGUCUUUGGUAUGUGUGUUUAGAGGUGGAGAGUGCAGUGGCAUCAGAAAGGCGGCGUUGGCAACUCGCAGGAGUCAGCGAAAUAGUGUUUUCUUACGGGUAACAGCAGCAUAUGCUCUCCUCUUCGCUGGGGCAUGAUGCAAUACAGUAGAGUACCACGUUCUACGAGCUUGUUGGUAAGCGUAUGGUAAACCUUACACACGGUGCUACACCAGCCCGUCCUUUGUGUUGUUGUUCAUAGUUUGGGUAGAAGGAAUGUCAUGUCCACUUGGGUUGUGGCCGCAACCCCACCAGGUGCCAAUGUGUCUCGGUUGGCGAGCAUAGAGAUUUUCAAACUAGUCCUGCUGCAGACGAAAGGGUGGUGGCUUUGUUGUUGCCGUAUGAAAAUUGACUCUGGUCGAAGUGGCAUGAUGCAUGAACAGAGGGAUGGCUCAGUAUUUCGUUCUACCACUUACAUGAUGGACGUCAUAUUUUCGUUCCACCACUUUGACGGUCGAAUGAACGCGUUGUCCACGAAGACAAAACAUGACUGAAUUUUGGGCGUGCCGCCAACCGUGAUGCCGGGGAUGUUGAGAGUCGUGCAGCACAGCGAAGACUUUUCGACAUGGUAGUGUAGGUCUCUCUGACGUCACACAAUGAAUGAUUGCUUGGUAGGUUAUUUCGCGCUUUUUAGCAAGGCACGCUUGGCGAGCAAGCGUAGAGUGUUGGCUCGGGCGGCAGGCGGCGUGGCUUUAAACCCGUCUUUUGAGACGUUUUUAGGAAGGUUUGAGGCACUUAGCUCUUCGCAGUCCGGACUCGAUUUGCAUGCACGCGUGAUAUCCCGCCCACGCAUGGAUAUCGGCGCGCAGAGAGCAUCAUCACAGAGUUAAUCAUCACAUGAAUUAAGAACCUGA